AUGACAACGUCAACUAAGGGUAAAAAGCAAGAAAAACUUCCUAACUGGGUACAACAUAUGCAAACUUAUAAUCCUGCACUGAAAAUAUUCAGAAGAGCAAACGGUGGAUAUAUGUUUAGUGAUACAUCCAGAACACUAGAAGUUCUUUCUAUCCAUGCUGAACUACAAACAAGUAAAGAGUAUUGCUCUAAUCCAUAUUACCGUGCCAUUACUAAAAAAGAAAAUAUACCAACUCCUCCAUGGGUUCCUCUACUCCCUGGUUAUUGUGUAAUUGGAAAACUUUGUGGUCAAUAUAUACGUUUAGAAAUUCAAAGUAAUAAUGAAGAACACCUUAUAUAUAGUUGGGAAAUUUAUGAAAAUGUGGAAAUGUCUGAACUUAUAUAUUCGGGAGCAAAUUCUGAUUUUUUUGUAAGCAUGAAAAAAUACAUAAAACUAUCAGGAGAAAUCUCUAUUCCUGACGUUCUUGGUUUGCGUGAUCCUAAUAUAAUUUAUGAUUUACAAUUAAAAGUAAACUCAAUUUAUCCACAUCUUUUUAACAUUACUGCAACUAAAUCUCAAAAUAAAAUUGCUAAAUUAACUACUACUAUGCAAAAGAAAGGAGAAAAACUACUAAAAAAAGUAUCAGUAAUCUCCCAACCGCCAAUAAUUUGUCAUGGAAUUGAAAUCAAAGAACCAGGAAUGCAAUUAACUCCAGAAGCAACUUUAGCACUUGCAGUUGAAUAUGAAGCUUUGAAAAAAUUAGAAGAAACAUCAC